AUGGCUGACUCCUUCACUCUGCCUUUGCGCCAUAUCCACGAGAAGCGUGAGCGUCCAGAUACCCUUCCCGUGGAGAUCGCGCAAAUCAACAGCCAGUGGGGCUCCUUUCGCGAUGUGAACGAAGAGGUCCUUCGCCAAAAGAUGGCCGAGGAGGCAGAUAAAGAUGGAGUGAGCGAGGAAGAUGAGAGUGAUGAAGAUGCGACCGAUCUCGACUCGACAGAGCGCUUGGAACAAUUGUACAAGCGGCGCACCGAGAUCACCGAGUUCGCCAUGAAAGCUCACAUGGAGACCUUGUUCGCCCUCGAUUUUGUAUCUCUCUUGCUAUCCAAACAGCUCCCCCGCCAGGCCGAGACCUCCAUUUCGCCCUACCUCAAGCAAAUUGCGCCCCUUGGCUCCCUCCAUGCCGAAGUCGUGAACCCUCCCCCAAAACCGGCAUCGGCUGCCAAAGACAUAUCGGUGGUAUCGAGAGGAUGGCGGAUCCAAAAUUUCAAGGCGGCCGCCAACAAGCUUCUGCAGGCUGCGUCCAGACUUGAAACCGAGGUCGCGGCGGAGACCCGAUAUUGGAAUGAGGUAUUGGCUAUCAAGGAUAAAGGGUGGGGGAUUUGCCGUUCACCCCGUAAUGGGCGAAAUUUGGCCGUGCAAUAUGGGUUCCUCGAAUCCACCCCAAUUUUCCGCGACCGAGGCCUUGCCCCCCUUCACCGAGCGCAAGAUGGAAGUUUACACUUGGACGAAGGAGUGGUACCCUCCAAAGCCAGUUAUGUCCGUGUGCGGGUGAUACAAGAUGGUCGACUGGUGGGUUACUCUAAACCGACCCGCUCGGCCUUGGAUGGCGGAGACACCAUUGAGAGUCGCAUUCGACAAGCCCGUGAUACUCUAUUCGAAGAAGAGCUGUUCCAUGAGCUUGUCCGGGAAGCCCGAGCGAUUGCGAGCUUUGGCGUGACGACUCGUGAGAAUCUCAUAGAAGUCCCUGGUUCCGACGACCUUGAGAUCCUACUGGAUCUGGUGGAUGCCGAUGAAGUGCAACCCGAAGAUGGCAUCACGCGGCAAGGAACUACUCUUGCACAGGGGAUAGGUCAUGCGAUCGGGAUUUUGUUGGCGUAUGCCCACCGCCAGAACCUGCGCCGUCGAUCUCAAAUCCCGCCCCCCUUAACCCCUAAAAAGCCAUCUAUUCCCGAGUAUCAACUGAUUCGGCCGGUUUUAACUUAUAUCAAGCACAUUUCCGAUGUACGCUGGGUGCAAUCAUUAUUGAAGGACCUUUUCGGUGUUUUGCAAUCUGCAAAGUUGAACCCUCCAGCGUACACCACAAAGUCUUUCUCCAUAGGAAAGCAGGCCCCAGCCGCUCAUCUUCCAGCUGUAGAGGCCUUCGUUGGACAAUUCCUCGCUCCCUUUGAGUCCACAUUUAGUGGGAAGAUUUUGACCCCUCGUGGCUCUUUCUCGAUCGCAGUCCGCACCAGCCUUUCCUCACCACCAUUUGGGACUAGCUUCAACGUGUCAUUCAAUAGUCCCAUGUAUCCGGACUUCAAGUCUCCUGGCCAUGUUUCUCAAAGACAGGAAGUGGAAGCCGCUAUCACACAUCUCUUGUUGCUUGACGUGGUCUUCGCCAUUGCGUCCAACGAACCGGCCAAACCCAAGGACGACAGAGAUGCCCAAGCGAAUCGCGCCUGGGACCCGAUCUACCCUCAACAUGGUGAACUUUUGCUUUCCCCCUCCUCUCCCAAUUCCUUUAAACGGAGAAAGAUGAAGGUUGCUCUUUCCCGCGAUGAGUUGUCCGUCGAGGUCUACAAAGUCCACUGUAUCGAUGGUACCGGACGCGGAAAUCGGGAAAAACGCGAUACAAAGUCAACACCGUCUACUUGGUCAUCGUCCGCUGCAUCACCGGACCAGCCUUCUUUGAUGGAGUUCGUGACCACCGAGUUGUCCCGUUCCUGA